UUCUAUUUCUUUCUUUUCUUCUCUCAACUUUCACAAAACUCAACCACCACUCUCUUCUUCUUCCGCUAUGGCGGCGAAUCAACCUAAAUCCUCCGAUGUUAAGGAAAAAGCAAAAGGAUAUUCCAUCACUUCGAUUGACGAACACAGAAAAGACUCACAUAGAUUUAUUGUUCAAGAAGCCAUUGAAGAUGACAACUCCUUCGUCGCUCUUAAUCCUCAUGUUAUGAAAGAGCUUCAAAUCUUCCGCGGUGACACUAUCUUGAUCAAGGGUUAUGAAAAGAAAGAUACUAUUUGUAUUGCAUUGGAUCACGAAGCAUGUGAAGUGACAGCAAUAACAAUGAACACGGUUGUGAGGAACAAUCUUAGGGUCGAUAUUGGAGACAUUGUUUCGGUGUAUCAAUGUGCUGAUGUCGAAUAUGGAAAGAGAGUUCACAUACUUCCCGUCAAAGAUACUAUUGAAAGUGUUACUGGAAACCUCCUUGAUGAAUAUUUAAAACCUUAUUUCUUGGAGGCUUAUCGACCAGUGAGGGAAGGCGACUUCUUCCCUGUGAGAGGUGGGAUGAGAACAUUAUACUUCAAAGUCAUUGAAACUGACCCACACAAGUACUGUCUUGUUGCCCCUGACACCAAGAUCUUCUGUUUAGGAGAGCCCGUUAAAAGGGAAGAUGAUUGCAUAGAUGAGGUUGGUUAUGACAGCAUUGAGAAAUACAUUAGCCCCUACUCUGGCCGGACCAGAAUCUCUCGUCUCCUCUUCAUCGCCAGUCAUCACAACAACAACCCCGCAAUGCAGUUGAAACUGCUUCUUUUGGCCUUUAAUGAAACCAAGAAGGGAACAGAUGUCAAAAUCAUGGAGAAAAUUCUCAAUGAACUAGACAAGUUUGAAGAGAUUGACAGAAGUUUCCUUGAUGAGAUCAAGGAUUGGUGUGAUUCUAUCUUGAAGAACGAGAAACAAGUCUAUAGUGAAUCAGAAAAUGAUCUUACUUUCUAUCGGGAUCUUCUUUCAAAAUUGGAUAAGAUCAAAAAGGAAGAUACCUUUCUCAUGAAGGAGAUCGCUACCUGUAUUGAUAUGCAUCUUGGUUCUGCUUAUGGCGCUGAUGAGGCUUGGUGUGUUGAUAUUGAGAAGAACUUACAGACCUUAAUUAAGUUGCAGACUUUGAUUAAAGGCCGGAUAUGCAAGGGAUACAAUGAUAUUGGAGAUUUUUACUAUGCUCAUGGGGAUAUAGGGUCUGCUAUUAAUAUGUACAUGAAGUGCCGGGUUUAUUGCACUACAUUGACGGAAACAAUUAAGAUGCGACUGAAUGCAAUUUUGGUCUGCAUUGAGUUGGGUCAGCUGCGUUGUCUUGGUACCCAUUUAAACAGGGCUGGCGUGGAUAUCAAGUCACAUGAUCCAAGUGUUUUAGCUGCUGUUGACCCAAGUUUAUUUGUUAAACUUCGUUGUGCUCUUGCUCUUAACUAUCUCUAUAAAAAAGAGUACAAACUUGCAGCUGAAAAGUUCAUAGAGAUAAGCACCAAUCUAGGUAAUCAGUACAUCGAAGUGAUUUCUGCUAGGGAUGUAGCAAUUUAUGGUGGGCUAUGUGCUCUAGCUUCUUUUGAUUCGACAGAAUUACAGAAUAAAGUUUUAGAUAAUACUGUUUUCUUGGAUUUCUUAAAGAGAGUGCCUGAUGUUUGGGAGCUUAUAGUUGAAUUUAAUAAAGAAAACUGUUGUGUUCGUCCGAGUAAGAGCUUAAGUAAACUAAAAUCAAUCUUGAUGCUGGACAUUCAUUUGAAUUCUCAUGUUGACACACUCUAUGAACAAAUCAAUCAAAGGGCCGUCAGUAAAAACUUUGAGCUGAGUCUACCUGAGUUGCAAUCAAAAAUUAAUUCCUGUUGGACUCCAGACGAGGAAGUAGCUGAUGAUGAUUUUCUAGCUGGCACGUAUGAAGAAUUAUGUGGCUUCUAUACAGAUCUGGGUUUCUUUAUAGAAGCGCUAAAAAGGAGCAAAUACUCUCCGCCGCGUUUCUCCAAAAAGUACUACAAAAAGCCUAAGCCUGCUCCUGUGACACCAAUUUCCCGCAAGAAAAGGAGCAUUAAAGGUAGAAUUGAAAUUGCUGUUGAAGAGAUUCGGAAGGGAAUGUCAGAUUUUACUUAUCGUUCAGCUUUUGGUUAUCAUUGUGCCAAUAUUGGUGUGUACUCUCAACGCUGUCGUAUCAUGGCCGAAUUAUGUGACUAUCGUGGUAAUUUGAAUGGGUUAAAUGUGAUUUUUAGGGGCGAUGUGACCAUUUUUCAAUUAGGUGACAUCUCUGUUACUCUUGGUCCCAAUGGGACCACUUAUAGUCGUAAUGGGAAUACAAUUCCCAAGCUUGCCUAACUAUACUAUUUCCAACACAAAUUUUGAAGUGAUUGUGGGGCCGAUGAGCCGAUGAGACCACUUAAAGUUGUAAUGGGAAAACAAUUCCCAGUUUUGUCAAACACAGAUUGUGAAAUUUUAUGAGUAAUGAACAUUGUUGCCUAGACUAGAAUUAAAUGCAGUUACCCCCUUUCCUUUAAUUUUAA